AUGUCACAGACUGCGCUUGUUACCGGAGCCACAGGCUUGCUCGGCCGACAGGUUGUGAAAGCCUUUGAAGCUGCAGGCUACAAUGUCGUGGGUACAGGCUUUUCAAGAGCCUCUCCGCCCCAGAUCCGCAAGGUAGACAUACAGAACGCGGACGAGGUCAGCAGUCUCUUCGGCGAGGUCAAGCCAUCAGUCGUCGUGCAUUGCGCAGCGGAUAGGCAACCAGACUCGUGCACCAACAACCCGGAAGGCGCGCGCAAGCUGAACGUCGGAGCAACAAAGAGCUUAGCAGAAGCCGCCCAGUCCGCGAAUGCCUUCCUCAUCUACAUAUCUACCGAUUAUGUCUUUCCAGGUCGCCCCGGUGAAGCACCCUACGCUGCCAACGCGGAGCCCUCGCCCACCAAUGUCUACGGCCAGACAAAGCUCGAUGGCGAGGCCGCAGUCCUCCAGACCUCCUCGAACGCAGUCGUGCUGCGAGUUCCCGUACUCUAUGGCUCGACCGACCCCCACGACAACAAUAAAGAGUCUGCUGUGAAUAUCCUCAUGGAUGCGUUGCAGAGGUCGCAGAAAGAGAAGGUCAAGAUGGACGAUUAUGCUAUUCGAUAUCCCACAAAUACAGAAGAUGUUGGCCGCGUUUGUGCGGAUAUAGCGAAGCUCUACACGCAGUCGUCAGGCAAGGAUUUACCGCGUGUCCUGCAAUUCUCAAGUGAGGACAAGAUGACGAAGCACGAGAUUGUACAGCAUUUCUCCGAGAUUAUGGGCCUGCCGCUCGACAACAUGGAGGCAGAUAAAGAGAGCGGAAAGAAGCCUGGUCCGGACGGGACAAUGAGGCCCUACGACUGUCACCUGAGUACACAGGAGCUGAAGAACCUGGGCAUCGAUGUCAGCACCGUUAACUUUGUGGCCUGGUGGCGACGAAAGGUGGGUGCAUACAGGCACUGA